AUGGAGUUGUGGGACAUACAGCCAAACGUCAGGAGGGCCGACCUUGAGGCCAUUCGGCGCAAAGGCAUCGUGAAUAAGCAAACAUCUAAGCAGAUUCGCAAGGUGUAUGAUACUCUUGGGCGCGAGGAGGACGAAACAGUGGUUCUCAAUUCUGCGGAUACGGGCGCCGCUGCAACCGCAUGGUCUCAGCUUGAAAACACGCCUUUCUUUGGCGGAACGCAGAAGCUCUUGGACGAGUACGAUGUUGGGAAGCGGAUUGUGCAAAUCAUCAUCAGCCCGACGGAUCAGAUUUCCGGAGACCAUGACCUGGAGUUCAGGUUCAGUUAG